UAGUGCACCCCGCAUCGUGCAGAGUCUCUUCACCACUGAACCAUUCCCACCUCCGCCCCCACAACGCACUCCACAGUCCUCCAAAGAAGGAGCCACCGCCCCCAACCCAACGAUGGCCGGAAUUCUGAACAUGGCUCAACCGCCACUCUUGAGGCCAUUCUCGCGCCACCGCAGAACAGUCAAACCCCCUAUUUCUGUUAGCGCCAGGGCGUCGAGUUCCGAUUCCCCUGAAACUUCCACACCAACCAAACCACCGAGUUCGUCGACGACUUUCGCUCCUCCUCCCAGUUUCAAGCCUCCCGAGCCGAAGCGAUUCGGCGUAAGGCGGGACAAGGUUCUCGAGGUCUUGGGUGCGUCUCUCGCCCUAAUCUUCCGAUUGGGCACCGGCGUUUUUGUCUCCGGGUAUUCUGCAUCCUUUGCUUCUGAAAAUGAGAUUCCACCUGGGCAGUACGCUUUAGAUAUUGCUGGUGUGAAAAUUAAGGAGACUUCAAAAUUAGGUCCUCGACCAGAGAAGCCUAUUGAAAUUUACGAGUUUGAGAGCUGUCCUUUUUGUCGAAAGGUUAGGGAAAUUGUUGCAGUAUUGGAUCUUGAUGUUAUAUUCUACCCAUGCCCACGAAAUGGUCCAAAUUUCCGUCCCAAGGUGGUUCAGAUGGGCGGGAAAAAACAAUUUCCAUAUAUGGUUGAUCCGAACACUGGGGUUGCAAUGUAUGAAUCGGAUGACAUAAUCAAGUAUUUGGUAACAAAAUAUGGUGAUGGGAGUGUUCCUGUUUUGUUAUCUCUAGGUCUUCUCACGACCCUGACUGAAGGAUUUGCAAUGAUUGGUCGCAUGGGAAAGGGCUCGUCUUAUUCACCAGCAAAACUACCACCAAAGCCACUUGAGAUAUGGGCCUAUGAGGGGUCUCCAUUUUGCAAGCUUGUACGUGAAGUACUAGUGGAGUUGGAAUUACCUCACCUUGUUCGCAGUUGUGCCCGUGGCAGCCCAAAACGGCAAGUUCUCUAUGAGAAAGCUGGGCAUUUUCAGGUACCUUAUUUAGAAGACCCAAAUACAGGGGUGCAAAUGUUUGAAAGUGCAGAGAUUGUGGAGUAUCUUAGAGCUACCUAUGCCCUUUAAUAAGUGGAGCUAUUAUUACAAGUAUUCAUACACAUUGAGUCUUCCUUUUAUCUUCUAGUAACCGGCAGACAUGUACUUUGCAAUUUUAGAUUGAAAUGCCUGAAACUGAUGCAUGAUGUAGGAAGCAGAAACCUGCUUCUGUUAUGUUGUAAUAUAUACAUGCGGAUAUAUGCGUGCAUAAAUACAAGCAGCAAUGUUUACUGCCCUA